AUGUCCGCAGCAGAUGUAACUCGCCCCAAAGCCUGCAUCACAUGCGCGGCCUCCAAACGCAAUCUCGGGGACUGGGCUGCUGCUGCAACAGCGACCGCCCCUGGCCAGGAUCUCUCAUUUCUACCCAGUACGACCCUGAUACCGGACGAUGUUAUCAAUGCAACUACAUUGCUAGACCCUUUUACCGAGUCCACGGAACAUGGUCUUCAAUUACUCGGAAGCGGCCAAUUCUUCGUUGGUGACACCGACCUCUGGUUCCUCCAGGAUGAAAGCUGGGCCAAACAGCACAAACGCCAACCGAAACCUCCACGCAAGAGUACAGACUUCGAGAUGGAAGUCUUUAUUGGUGCCGUGCGCGAGAUGCUACGAUCCUGGGUGACGGACGGCCACAAUGGCUUCAUUCAUGAACAGUUAUACAAGAAGGGCAUGUGUGCCUGUACCCAGGAUGCGUUCACGACUCUCGCGGCCUACACCAGCUGUACCCCGGCAGUGAAGGGAACGAUACUUCAGAUUGCCGAAGACCGCUGCUCCGCGCUGGUCCUCCAGGGCCUGCUCGACGCUGCUGAAGGCAGCGAGUGUGAUGCACAAGCCGUGCGAAUGGCUCUGGGCCGAACCCAAGCCCUGUUCACCUACCUCUUUAUCCUGAUCUUCGACGGCUCCGUGUGGGCCCGGGCGUCUGCCGAGCGUCAAGUCCCAAUCCUCCGUACGUGGCUGGUGCAGCUGUUGAGCACGACGCACAAAUACUGUGACGAGUGCCGCCAAUCUCUGGAGGGCCGCCUCCCACUCCGGCGGACUACUACCGCAGGCAUAUUCGACGACAACUAUUACGAGGCCGCCACGGAACUGUGGAAACACUGGAUCCUCACCGAGAGCGUGCGGCGGUCCCAGAUCGUCAUCGAGGCCGUCCUCAACAUCUACAUGUGCAUGGUCACGGGCUUAGCCGAGUGUACCGGCCUCAUCAGCUUCACCGCGCGCCGAGGACUGUGGGAUGCCAAGUCCGCCGUCAGGUGGCUCGAGCUGUCGUGGGCGAGGACGCCGCUCCUCGCCUCGCCGGUGAGCGCUGAGCUCUGCAUCUCUCAAUAUGCCGCUGAAGAGAUUGAUGAGUUUGCGAAGGCAGUUUGGGCGUGUGCGAUUGGCACAGAGAAGAUGCAAUGCUGGACCGAUAAGAGUAAUAGAAGCAAAGAAGAAAACCAAUUUAGUCUAGUAUAG